AGAUGACAUCGCAAGCCAAACCAUAAAGUACGGUAAAUAACGGCUCAUGGGACGUUCUUCCAAACCUCCGAGUCCUUCAGGCAGAUUUCCGCCCAAGGCAGACUAGGUCAGACAACGAUCCACUCAUGUUGUCCUGUUCAUUUCAAUUCAAGGCACCACCAGCUAGAUUACAUCCUAUGAUCAGCCUGCCCGACCGCCCAGUCCCAGGCUCCCAGCAGCGUCUUCCGCCAUGGCAUCCUUUUCUCUCUUCUGUCACUUCCCAGCCGAACUUCAUUCGCCAUCUGGGCCCUUGCGCUCCCCAAUCCCGAGCCAGAGGUAUGCAUCACGUGGUCCCUGCAGAUCAUGGAGUUUCCCUUUGCCGACAAAGAGCCCGCGCUCCCCUUCACCGUCGACACAGCUUGGCCCGCUAUCGCACACAUCUACCGCACUGCACGACAGGUCGCUCUCACGACCGGAGCCCUCCAACUGCAGUACUCCCCAAACGCGGGCUUCGCUGUCCCAUUACCAUCACUUCAUCCCGGCCAUCGGUACGCUCUACUGUGGCCGCGACCAUGCCGGCGCCAUGUGCGCGUUUCUGCUUAAGCCUGAGAAUGCGUACUUCAUUCGGGAGCUGCGCCAUAUCGCCGUCAAGGUCGCCGGUACAUAACCGCUCAGAACAGCUGGCCGUAAUUAUGCGGCAGCAAGCCGUGUUCCUGCGCACCUUAUCGUUUUGUGCUGCCCAGCACCCUGGGCAUCCAUUCAACCGCUGGGGCAUCUCUCCCGCCGGCGCGCCGUUGCAGGCUGCGCGACAUCCCGUCCCUGGACGAGGUCAAGCUAGCUAGAGUGACCUUUAUGCGGUCGCAUGAAAGGGUGCCGAUACCGCUGGGGUAUUACCUCGAGAAGCGCCAGCGGGAGAUGGAAGACUAUGUUCGCGGGUUCAACGUUCAGGGAAACGAGG